UGUUUGCAGCCACCAGAUGCGCAAGCUCGAGAAGAUCAAAAAGUGGUGAAUUCUUCCGGACCCUCUCCAAGGCCUCGACACGGGCAUCGUGCUGUUGCCAUCAAAGAUCUGAUGAUCGUUUUUGGUGGAGGGAACGAAGGAAUUGUUGAUGAACUCCAUGUUUUUAAUACCACGACAAAGCAAUGGUUUGUUCCUUCUGUAAGAGGCGAGGUUCCAAGUGGAUGUGCAGCAUACGGAAUUGUUUGCAAUGGUACGCAUAUCUUCACAUUUGGAGGGAUGGUAGAAUUUGGAAGAUAUACGAAUGACCUAUAUGAGUUGCAAGCAGCGCGAUGGGAAUGGCGGAAGCUGCGUCCACGUCCUCCUCGUACUGGAGGUUCGGGUCCUUGCCCCCGGCUCGGCCAUUCAUUUUCCCUUGCAAGCAAUCAGGUCUGCUACGUGUUUGGGGGUCUUGCUAAUGAUUCGCCUGAUCCUAAACUUAAUUCGUCGACGUAUCUUGAUGACUUCUUUUCAAUAGACAUUCGCGGACCGGUCGGAUCAUUACAGUGGGAACAGCCAACAUACGGUAUGCGCCCUUCAGCGAGAGAAUCACAUACAGCCGUUGUACUUGAAACGGACUCCCGUCGCCAACUAAUUAUAUACGGCGGAAUGAACGGAUCGCGAUUGAACGAUGUUUGGAUAUUGGACAUCGAUUCUAUGACUUGGGACAGUCCUAUUGGUGGUAUACCUCCAAUGCCACGAUCUCUACAUACAGCUAAUUUAAUAGGUCAAAGGAUGUAUAUUUUCGGCGGUUGGGUUCCAAUGCACGACGAUAACAAUGAAGGUGAAGUAAAGGAGUGGAAGUGUACCAAUGACCUAUCGUGCCUUAAUCUUGAGACUAUGGUUUGGGAAACUUCCUCACACGUAUUCGACGGUGCGUUCAGUCAGUUUCCAGAGAACAUGCCAAGAGCUAGAGCUGGUCACUGCUCGGCUGUAAUCAAUGAUCGAAUUUAUAUAUGGUCGGGAAGGGAUGGAUACCGAAAAGCAUGGAAUAACCAGGUCUCAAUUGAUAUUCCAUGUAGAAACUCAGUCAUAGUAUUCAAUAAAUUAGCCUGUUGUACAUGGGCUUUAAGUCUUAAGGACGGAGUGCCUCUCAUGCAGCGUAGGUAG